UUCUCCACUGCGGACAUGGAGCUCAGAAAUCACACCAGCCUGACAGAAUUCAUCUUGCUGGGCUUCUCCACAGAUCCCCGUUGGCAGGUGGUUCUAUUUGUACUAUUUCUAUUACUCUACUUGUCCACCAUGGCUGGGAAUAUGACUCUGGUGUUUUUAAUCUGGAAUGAUCCCAGGCUGCAUACGCCGAUGUACUUUUUCAUUGGAAAUUUGUCAUUUAUGGAUUUCUGGUACACGUCGGUCUAUUCGCCUAGAAUACUGGCCACGUGUCUCUCCGAAGAUAAGCGCAUUUCUCUCCUUGGCUGUGCAGCUCAGUUUUUCUUCUCCUGUGUGGCAGCCUAUGCAGAGUGCUACCUGUUGGCUGUCAUGUCCUAUGACCGCUAUGUGGCCAUUUGUAGCCCGUUGCUUUAUUCGGCAAAAAUGUCCACUUCUCUCUGCAUUGGGCUUGUCGUAGGCUCUUAUCUAGGAGGGUUUAUGAAUGCCAUAGCUCACACUACCAACACAUUCAGGAUGAGUUUCUGCGGGGAUAACACAAUUGACCACUUUUACUGUGAUGUACUGCCAUUGAUCAAAAUGAUCUGUACGGACACUACCCUCUACGUGAAAAUAAUUUCCAUCUUGGAUGGCGUCACCGUCGCCUCCUGUCUGAUUCCCAUCGUCCUGUCCUAUCUGAACAUCCUCCUGACAAUCCUGAGGAUCCGCUCAGCCUCCGGAAGGCAGAAGGCUUUCUCCACCUUCGCCUCCCACCUAGUCUCCGUCACGCUCUUCUAUGGAUCCUUGCUCUUCAUUUACUCAAAUCCCAGCUCCCAGUACCACAAGGAGACAACCAAAGUGGGCGCCAUGUUCUACACCCUCAUCAACCCCCUGCUCAACCCGCUCAUCUACAGUCUGAGAAACAAGGAUGUCAAAGAAGCCUUCAGGAAAGCCAGGCAGACCGUAGAGCCACAACGAUGA